AUGAGUUCGAAGGACCAAGAUGACCCUGACGAAAACACACUGCUUUUUGACUCGUUCAGAGCAAGCUUCCAGCGCUGGUCUCGCCCGGCAUACAAGAAAGUUGCUCAACAAAGUCAACCCCCAAAGCCCGUGGCUGAAAACAUUUGCUUGGAAAAAUCGGGCGAAACUGCCGUUCAAGAGACAACUCACUCGGAGGGAGAAGCCCUUCGGCCUCUCAGUCCUCAUGAACCAGUGCCCAGCACAGAAGGAAGCAUCCGCCAGCUUAGCACUCAAUCUGAAAAAGCCUCGCUUGGACACGGUGAUGAAGCUAAAAGCGAUCUUGGAUCGGCGGCUCCCGAGUGCUUAGAUGAAGCUAGCCAUGGCUCUUCUGCAAAGUCUCGAGAUGAAGACAACAAAUCGAUUGCUUCCAACGAGACUGUCAACGGCGAUGCUGCUAUGCCACCGAUACCGAUUGCACCUGCCUCUGGUCGACACCCACAGCCACCCCCAAGCCCCAUCACGGUAGAGACAGAGAAAAUGAUGAAGACGGAAGAUGCAAGUCCUGAACUGAGAUCAGAGCUCAAAGCGAUCGGGGACUCCGUUCGGAAUGGAAACUGGUGGAUCAAGCGUGCUAAAGAACGACGCGACUUACGAUGCGGCAGCCCCGUUGGCAGAAAUUAUCAUAAGAAAAACUACGUCCUCGAGACAAAUGUUGCGUCCCAGACAAACAACAUGGACAAGUUUCCUAAAGACAUAUUAGACGAACAGAAGUCUGAAAUGCAAUACACCGUGUAUCGAGACAGCGCCCGCGCAUAUCCCCGAUACAAACGAGGCAAAGGUAUUCUGGCAUCGACGACGAAAACAGAGACAGAGGUUCCAGUAUACGAGACGGUGCCGCCCAUCCCCUCAUUUGAGAAAAUGUUCAAGAUACUCGUCUUGAAAGGAAGACGUCGGAAUCCUGUCAACCAAGAUGAAAGAGCCAUUUGCGGAGCCAACUGGGACUGCUUCUCGGCCGCGUCUGGAGCAGAAAGAUUCGAGCUCACUAAGCGAUUCUGGUCCUGGAUAGACGAUACCAUCCCUUAUGGAUGGAUCGUGGAUAUAUACCACGAGCCAUUCUUCGAUGGAACGGCACAUGCGGACGGAAUGCGGGGUUUCUACAUAGCAGCUGAUGUAUUGGAUGAAGCUGGCCACGUUCGAAAGUGCGAAUUGGAGCCUUGCCGCAAGAUUGAGAAAGAGUCUUUGCCGGCGAAAACUUUACCGACGUUUAGUCUUGAUACCGUGAAUUGGUGA